AUGUUGAAUGCACAUGACCUUGUACUUUCCUUAGGCCUGAUUCUUCCCAAUGGCGACAUCAACUGGAACUGCCCAUGCCUGGGAGGCAUGGCUACCGGCCCUUGUGGACCACAGUUUCGGGAAGCCUUUUCCUGCUUCCACUACAGCACAUCUGAGACCAAAGGAAGCGAGUGCUUUAACCACUUCAAGGCCAUGCAGGAAUGCAUGUCUCAGUAUCCGACCCUGUACCCUGCUGAUGAUGAUGACGAUGAACAGGCACCGCAUAAAGCUGACCCUGGCAAGGAGGAGGUCGCUGCAUUAGGAUAUGCGCUAUCCAAGACAAGUGCUGUGACAGAAAAGGAGCCACCGAAACAGGACAAGAGAGUUGCUAGCCAGUGA